AUGGUUGUUCCUUUGCUUUUCCAAUUAUUCAUCUUUUUACUUUCACCAAAAUUUACCAAACCAAAUGCUACUCAUGCUCAUACACAAUAUUGCUUAGAGAAUGAGAAAACUUUGUUGCUUGAGUUGAAGAAUGAACUGGUGUUCGAUUCAUCUUAUUCAGAAAUACUGGUGCACUGGAAUCAAAAGGAUGAUUGUUGCUUUUGGAAGGGUGUGGAGUGUGACGACGCAGGCCAUGUUAUCUCUCUGCGACUCGACUAUGAAGGCAUCUCAGGUGGAUUAAACGAGUCGUCGAGUCUUUUCAGACUCAAAUACCUGGAAGAGCUGAGCUUGGCAGACAAUUCAUUCUCAGGUUCUUUACCACACAACAUUUCCAAUCUUGCCAGAUUGUCUUCUUUGGACCUGUCUCGUUGCAAAUUCAGUGGCGCGAUUCCUUCCACGCUCAGCAAUCUGUCACAGCUUGUUGAUCUGGAGAUGGCAGACAACUUCUUCAGCGGAUCAAUUUCUUCAGGCCACUUUGAAGGUUUUGCAAAAAUUGAGGUUAUUAAUUUAAGAUACAAUUCACUGAGUGGUAGCAUUCCCAUAUCUAUCUUUAGCAUACCUUCACUAGGUUGGAUUGACCUCCUACACAACCAAUUUAGUGCGAAACUGGAUGAAUUUGCUAUUGUAAAUAUUACUCAGCUUUCUGUCUUAGAUUUGAGUCGUAAUCGAUUGGAGAGCCUUCCCGACUCUUUCAUCAAGCUACAAAAUCUCAGUGUUGUAGAUCUUUCUGACAACUUGUUCAAUGACACUUUUCAGCUGGACAAGAUUCUAAGCCUAAUUCCCAACCUUCGAGUUCUAACUCUUUCGAAAAACAACUUGUCACGUUUAAGUUCAAACCCUUUCCCUGUAAGCCAAUCCUCAUUGGAUCACCUGGACCUUUCGGAUAACAAGAUUGCAGGGGAAAUUCCUAGUUGGAUUUGGGAAAUCGGAAACAGAUCACUUACCUAUUUGAACCUUUCUUGUAAUAUGCUAGUUGGUUUCCAAAAGCCUUAUAACAUGCCAUCCUCUCUCCAUUUCCUGGACUUGCACUCAAACCAGCUUCGCGGCGAGUUUCCCUCACUCUCAAUGCUGAAAUAUCCUACAAAUGUGGAUUUCUCAAAUAAUUAUUUUGAGAAGUUUGGGAUUCUUGAAACUGGAACUGAUGCAAGAGUAUCACUCAGGAACAAUAGCUUGUCUGGAUCAAUUCCAGUCUUCUUUUGCAAGGCUGCAAGCUUUGUUGUUCUUGACUUGUCCGUUAAUUACCUGAGCGGUAGCAUUCCCCGUUGUCUGUUUGAAAAUAGUUUUGUGCUCAGUCUAGGGAGGAAUAACAUCAGUGGUCGGAUCCCGGAUAAGUUCUCUCCCAAGUGCAAACUAAUGUCAUUAGAUCUGCGCGACAACAAUUUAGUCGGGGAUGUUCCACUUUCCUUAGCGAAUUGCAGUUCGUUAACAGUCUUGAACUUAUCCAACAACACGCUAAGUGGAACAGUUCCAACCUCCCUUUGCAAAGCAACAAACCUUCAAAUUCUUGACUUGUCUGUCAAUAUCUUACAUGGUAAUAUCCCACGCUGUCUAGUAGAGUCGCGUCUUCUUGCCCUUAAUUUAGGGAGAAAUAACAUCACUGGUCGUGUCCCAAACUUUACAGUCGAUUGUCCCUUGCUAUAUCUGGAUCUCAACAGCAACAAUUUAAUCGGGGAAGUUCCACUAUCUCUGGAAAAUUGCCAACUGUUAGAGGUCAUAAAUGUUGGAGGCAACCAGUUGGGUGGCACUUUCCCAUGCAUGCUUCCGUUGAGCUUGCGCGUGCUUGUGUUGCGUGCCAACAGAUUCCAUGGAGGGCUGAGAUGUGACAAGAGCUGGUCAAAUCUUCAAAUUUUUGACAUAGCUAACAAUAACUUCAGUGGCAAUGUGGAUCCUUUGACCUUUUCAGACUGGAGACCAAUGAUGAGAGAUAACGUCACAAAGUUGAGCUAUGAAUACUUGGCUUUUACAGUCCCAAUUAUCAAUAGUUCCACGUCCCGAAAGAUGGGGAAUGUUUACACUGCGGUGAAUAACAGAAACUCGGCUUUUAAAUUCGAGGUAUCACUAACCGGGGCAGAGCGGAAUCUUGUCAAGAUUUGGCCAGACUUUACAUCCAUCGACUUAUCUUGCAAUAGUUUCCAAGGAGGCAUCCCUGACUCAAUUGGUGAGCUCAACGCACUUUAUCUUCUCAACUUAUCCCACAACAGUCUCACCGGAUCAAUCCCUAAAUCAUUGAGUAACUUGAUGGGGCUUGGAGCAUUGGACCUCUCAGUGAACCAGCUAACCGGGAAGAUACCAAAGGAGAUAGUAGGGCUUACAUUCCUUCAGGUGAUGAAUGUCUCCCACAACAAGCUAGUCGGAGAGAUUCCAAUUGCCCCUCAAAUCCAAACAUUCCCCGGUGAUUGCUUUGAAGGAAACAUAGGUGUAUGUGGUCCCCCUCUCAACAUUAGCUGCAUAAAGCCUCUUGCUUCACCUCUAAAUGUGGAAUCAGAUGGGACGACUGAGAUUGAGUGGGAUUAUGUGUUUGCUGCUGCUGGUUAUGUUGUGGGCUUCGGAAGCUUUCUGUGGGUGCUCAUAUUUCGCCGAAGCUUCAGAGAGACUCUUUGA